AUGGCUCUGCUGCCCGCCCGCUGCCUGCGCCGUCUCCCCCUCCGCCCCCCGCAGCUCCCAGCCCCAUCCCGCGGGCUGAGCGGAGCUCGGGGGGGUCCGACCCGGUCACUGCCCCUGGGCCGCCGCUUGGCCGUAGUGGCGGCGGUGGGGAGCGCGGCUGGGGGAACGUGGCUGUAUUUGCGGGCCCGCAAAGAACGGGAGCGACGGGAGAGACGGCAGCGGGAACUGCGAGCUUUGGCGCUGGGGCAAGGCAACUUCCAGCUGGUGGAUCACCGCGGGCAGCCCCGCUGCAAAGCCGACUUCCGCGGCCAGUGGGUGCUGCUUUACUUCGGCUUCACGCAUUGCCCCGACGUCUGUCCGGAUGAGCUGGAGAAACUGAGCCGGGUGGUGGAGCUGUUGGACCGCGACGCGGCUCUGCCCCGGGUGCAGCCGCUCUUCAUCACUGUGGACCCCGAGCGAGACGAUGUGGCCGCGGUGCGACGUUACGUGCGGGAUUUCCACCCGCGGCUGCUGGGGCUGACGGGGAGCCCUGAGCAGGUGAGGGCGGUGAGCAGCGCCUAUCGUGUCUACGCCAGCGCCGGGCCUAAGGAUGAGGAUGGUGAUUACAUUGUGGACCACACCAUCGUCAUUUACCUGCUGGGCCCCGAUGGGCUCUUCCUGGAUUACUACAACCGCAGCAAGACGGCUGACAAGAUCGCUGAGAGCGUGCGGCGACACAUGGAGAGCUACGAGCCGCUCCUUGACUGAGGAUUGCAGCCAUGCCAGGACAGGGGAAGCCCCCAGAGGGACUCUUCUUGCUUCCAUAAACCCUGCAGGGAUGCUUUGUUCACGUCCCCAAAAACAAGGCUGACUUUACCAAA